AUGCAUAAUGGGAGCUCGGAGUGUCCCACGUGCUCGCCAGAAAUAAAUAUAGAAGCGGGAAACAAAUUAAAUAAAACAACGAGUGGAUCCAAGAAUGAAUCGGAAUUAUCCCCGGAAAGAAUUAUAGCGUCUACGCAAUUCUCUCUCUGCGGGCAGGAUUCUUCAGAUCCUAUAAGCUUAUUAGUUGUUUCUAAUGAAAUAAAGAAAUUACCCGGCGAACGGAUAAAAUCAAGUUCACAGAUUUUAAAUGAGACUCUCGACGCGUAUGACAUCACUCACUUAGUCGGAAUAUUGGAAGACCCGCUAUCCUCGUCUUCAGAAUGGGAACCUAAUCUUGAUGACGUUUGUCAUUUCAAUCUUCUGGAACAAAUCGAUAAAGGUAUUACUUCAGAUGCAGAACAGAAUUCUGACAGUCUUGAGGAGCUUCGACAUAAAAUUGAACUGAACAUGAGAAAAGAGAGUGAACGACAGGAAAAAUACCACGGGAUCAAUCAUGAAAUCCCGGAGGUUUCUGUCGGAGAUUUAGUUUAUUACCCAAAUCGGAAGUUGAGCAACAAGGCCGCGGGAUAUAGCGCGAGUCUUGGAGUUAAAUAUUUGGGUCCCGUGAUUGUGUAUAUAAUGAUAAGCCCAUUAGUUGUAGAAUUAAAGAAUGAUAAGGGAAAAGUUUUGGGACAAUAUUAUGUUCCGGAUUUAAAAAUUCCUAGGCGUAGUCGCCGCGUAGUUAAUAGGAAAUUUUAG